AUGGAUCAAUCAUUCCCUCAAUUCCCCAAACUUCCACCAGAAGUGCGUGCCACUAUUUGGGAGCACACGCUCCCUGAAGGAGAUGGUGGUGCUGCCUUAUACAUGUACAACAUGGACUGGUGGGCACAGUAUUCUCCCCCUGGCGUUGCAUUCCACGACAUGAUGACCCAAAGCAUUCAGCAAUUGAGUCGACCUCCUCGUGUUCAAGUCCCUAUUCCGACUUGUGCCGCUGUAUGCCAAGAGGGUCACCGAGUGGUUGAGCAAUGGAGGAAGAAGAAUAACUUGGAGUGGUAUUUUCGCGAAGAGACCAAGGGCGAUAUCCUCGUUCGUCGCUUUGACGCUGAGCGAGAUAUCCUCUACGUUUCUCGACAUAAAUGGGAAUCCUUCCAACUUCUGGCCGUGGAUUGGGAGAAUGAUGAUGAACACGCUGCCGUCAUUCGUAUAAUGGAGAGCGUCAAAUACCUUGCACUCCCUGCAUUCACAGCUUACUACAGCAUCAGCAACAUCGCAGGUCUCCUGCCAUGGAUGAAAAACAUCGAGGCCAUUUACGUCCUGUGGAACGAACUCCCCAAAGCCCAUAUGAUCAAGAGGCAACUGCCUGAUGUAGCACAUAUAGCAGAAGUCAAGAUACCACUGGACGCACCGGUGCAGCCACGGUGGGAGCUAGACAGGUUCCUGCAGCGUGAGGAUGAGGUUGAAUUUCAUUACACUGAUGAAGAAACGGGCCGUGAGUAUGUUGAAGACGGUGAGCUUGCGGAGUGGCUUGAUGAUAUUGAUGAUCUGUGGAACACUACUGAGGUUGAUCCGGAGAUUUGGGAUGAAGAUGAGGAGAAGUUGAAGACGCCGCAGAUUCAUGUAACUGUAAAGGAGUUGCCUACUUGGCUCUGA